GCAUUGCUUGCUGCUUGUUCACCUCGGCUGAAUCGCCAAAGGACACUAGUAACCCAACUUUACACCUAGCGUACGGCAAAGUGCGGGUGUGGUUUUUUAUUACCUAGGCACCCAGGCACCUAGGCAAGUCAUUAUACAUUCGAUUACCUCAUUACCGGUCUCGAAGAAGCAUCGUCAUGUCUAUCAUACGGCGCGCAUAACCCCCCGGUUGCAACCUCCUUCCGGAUUCUUUCAUCAGACCCGACUCCGCGGCACCCAUCGUGUAAAUCUACAUACUAGAUGCCAUUGUCUUAACAGGGCCGUUCUAUUCAAAGCGACACAGAUCUAAAACACACGGACAUAACGACGCCGCAUCUCGGAUCCUUCCAAAUAUAGACAUAUUUACAGUAUUUCUUAGAGUUAACAAUACAUCUCGGCGUUCCGAAAAGAAAUAAUUAGCAAACUCGUCAAAGCCUAUUAUACUUCCAUGGAUUGUCUAUAAGUAUCAUAUUAUAGGUCAACGCCAAUAUCCCUAUUCUCAAUUCGUGGCGUCGCGUACCAUACGCGACAGCCAUCGCAUUGUAACAAUGACAUCUUUCCAACCAAGAGGUCGGCGGAAACUAGAUGAGUCCAUACCACCACUUCUAAGACCUCUCAUUCGGGCCUAUGUCCUAGGCUUCGCUUCUGCUGUUACACCAAGGCUCUUAACGUUGGUUAUGCAGCAUGUAACUAAGAGAAGGAAAAACAAGGGUGCUUCAAGUGUCAUUCUGCCCCACGACACCUUCAUCGCAUCCCUGCAACGAAUCGUGCGUGGGGGACUAGAACUUCAAAGGUUUCCAACUUUUUGUGCAGUACUCGUAGGCGGAACUACGUUACUAGAGGUUUUGCUGGGUCGAGCCCUAAAUCGGCUUUUAUGGACGAGCCAACUUUCAACAUUGGUCCGAAAAAGGCUGUCGAGAUGGCUUUCGGCUUUUAUUGCAGCUUGGCUAAGCCUCCGACUUCUACAGUCGAAGAAGAGCGAUGCCUUCUCAGAAACGAUUCUCGUUGACUCAGAUGCUUCGCAACAUGCCAAGCAAGAAAAAACUGUACGAUAUGCUGGGCGAACAUUGGACAUGACGCUGUUUGCCGUGACCAGGGCUCUUGAUGUGAUAGUUGGGGAGUUGUGGACUCGCAGGAGACAGCACAGGACUGCUGCAAACAAGUGGACCUGGGCUGAGUCAAUAAUAGCUAAGUCGACUGACCCUACGAUCUUUGCGAGUUCUUGCGCACUUAUUAUGUGGGCGUGGUUUUAUUCGCCCUCGCAGCUACCAAAGGCCUAUACGAAAUGGAUCAGCUCGGCUGCAGCCGUCGACUCGCGUCUCAUCGAAGCACUCAAACGUUGCAAGGGGGGUGAACUACGGUAUGGUGAGGAGACUGGUCAGGCACCACUCCUUCAAUCAAUGUGUGUGGACUACAAAUGGCCGCCCGAAUGGGGCGACCCCAUUAAGGCUAUCCCGUUUCCAUGCGAGAUCGUACAUAUGGGCUGCGGGCCGUCUUGCGAAUAUCACGCUUUGUCCCGGUUUUACCGUUCCUUCAAAUGGUCUAUGGCCACUUACCUACCCCUGAAUCUCUUGGCUAGGAAAAAAGAUUUGAAGGGUAUUCAAACUGCAUUUCUAUCCGCGGCUCGCUCGUCCUCAUUCCUGGCCGCAUUUAUCACCCUGUUUUACUAUGGAGUUUGCCUAGCGCGGACAAGGCUCGGGCCGCAUAUCAUAGGGAAGGAUACGAAGGCUAGACGGACUAUCGACUCAGGUCUCUGUGUCGGGACUGGCUGCUUCCUAUGUGGAUGGAGCGUUUUCAUCGAGCAAGCAGCCCGAAGGAAAGAGUUGGCACUUUUUGUGGCGCCUAGGGCAUUAGCGACGCUUUUACCAAGACGAUAUCACCUCGACAAGCAGUGGAGGGAGACCUUCGUCUUUGCCUUUAGCACUGCUGUAGUAUUUACGUGUGUGGGAGAAAAUCAAAACAGGGUCCGUGGUAUGUUGGGCAAAAUACUAGGAUCCGUUUUGGAAGGCUAAUGAUUUAUUUGGCAUACACCCAAGUCUCCAGCAAGUUUCUGGAAGGCUUUGUUAUUUUAUGUUUUUAACUAUUGUACUGAUGAAAAUUGGGAGGCAUCUAUUCUAAAAUAUUAUGCAUUGGGUAGGAGAAUAAUGGACACAAUUGGAUGCAUGAGAAAGGGCAAUUUAUACACAUAGCUCGGAAGUAUACACUUGGAAACCGGCCUGUAACAAUUUGUCUAAUAUACUAUAAUGUAAUCCCUUAAUUACUAUCUUGAGCCUCGCACUUAACUUGGAAAAAACUAGGA